UUGUAAAUGUUUUUCAGGAAAUUAGGAAAGGCGAUAAAGAAUGAGAAGAAGGAAGAUCAUAGGUCACUUCUUAAGUAUUUGCCUCUUGUGGCGCAGUCUUCAUCUCUAGCCUGGCCACGUUCUGUGGAACAAGAGCUCCAAACAAUGGCCGAGGGACCGAACAAGUCAAUGGUUAACUCCGGCAAAGUUCUUGCCUUGCAUAUCACGAACAUGCGCAAAUCCCUCUCCUUGGAUGCAGGUGAUCUCUCACCUAAUCCACUACAAGGGUACUCUGUUUUCUUUGACAAGAAAAUUUCCAGAGAAGAAUCAGCUAAGUUUUUUGGUGAUGUGGUUCCUGCGUUGUGUGGAUUACUUCUCCAGUUACCUUCAAUGUUAGAAACACAUUAUCAGAAUGCAGACCAUGUUCUUGAUGGAAUUACAACCGGGCUUCGCCUAAUAGCCCCUCAAGAAGCUGGCAUUGUGUAUCUUAGCCAGGAAUUGAUUGCAGCUCUUCUUGCAUGUUCCUUCUUUUGCUUGUUCCCUGAAGUUGACAGACGCUCAAAGCAUCUUCAAAGCAUCAACUUUGAUGAUUUGUUUUCGUUUUCCUCUAUGAGUCACUGCACGAAGAGAGAAAACAAAAUAAAAUGUCUUGUCCAUUACUUUGAAAGAAUAUCUCAAUGUAUGCCCACGGGGUUUGUUUCAUUUGAGAGGAAAGUUCUUCCUCGAGGACACAAUCCUCACUUUGUUUCUUAUCCUGAGGCUGAGUACUGGGCCAAAUCUACUACCCCACUUUGCUCUGUUGAGAUUCAUACCUCAGGAGCUAUAGAAGAUCAACCUGGUGAAGCUCUUGAAGUGGAUUUUGCAGAUGAGUAUAUUGGAGGCCUUACUCUGAGUUAUGAUACUCUACAGGAAGAAAUAAGGUUUGUGAUCAAUCCAGAACUUAUAGCUGGGAUGAUCUUCUUACCUCGUAUGGACGCAAAUGAAGCUAUUGAGAUUGUUGGUGUUGAAAGAUUUUCACGUUACACAGGGUAUGGACCUUCGUUUCAGUACGCUGGUGAUUACACAGACGAGAAGGACUUUGACAGUUUCAAGAGGCGGAAGACAAGAGUCAUAGCAAUAGAUGCCCUUCCUAACCCAGGAAGUACACAGUACAAACCUGAGGGCCUUCUUCGAGAGGUUAACAAGGCUUUUAGCGGAUACUUGCAUCAAUGCAAACAUCAAGCCCGUCCUCGUCCAUCGUCAGUUGUAGAAAGCUCUCAGAGAUGGUGUAUGGAUGAUCAUGAAGAGAAGGUUGGUGUAGCUACAGGGAACUGGGGUUGCGGUGUGUUUGGAGGCGAUCCAGAAGUAAAGAUCAUGCUUCAGUGGCUUGCCAUUUCACAGUCGGGAAGACCAUUCAUGUCAUACUACACAUUUGGACUCCAAGCCUUGCAAAAUGUCAAUCAGGUGAUUGAAAGGAUCAGUUUGCAAGAAAUGAAUGUAGGGGAGCUGUGGAAUAAGGUAGUGGAGUAUUCUGCAGAGAGGUUUGGCAGAGGAACAAGGGUUGGCUUCUUCUCUUGGCUCAUGGCCUCACUCUCUGCUACCACCAAUUGAAUAAAAGUUUUAUAAUCUUUCUGUUUCAUAACAUUUCUCUUUCUGUUUUAUGACAUCUGACGUCUGUUUAUUUGUUACCCAUCAAGUGUUGUUUCUUUGCUACCUCUUUGAGUUUGGGUGGAUUAUCUUUCCUUGUGUAAUUAAUUGGUUUACUAUCUGAUCUCAUCUGCUUAAAGCAUUUAC